AUGCUAAAAGUACAGCAGCCCGCGCAGGGCGGCUACAAGGCACCGGGCGGCUUCAAGACGCCCGUCGGUAGCUCGCACGCCAGCGGGCACCGGCCCGAGCAGUACCACUACGAGCCCUCUCCUUACGCCUUCGACUACGCCGUCAGCAACUACGAGACGGGCGCCGAGUUCGCCGCCAACGAGAACAGCGACGGCAAGCAGACGACCGGCUUCUACACGGUGGCGCUGCCCGACGGCCGCAUUCAGACGGUCAAGUACACGGUCGACGACUAUGGCGGCUUCAACGCGGAGGUGUCGUACGAGGGCGAGCCGUCCCCCGGCUACAAGCCGGCGGCUGAGUACAAGCGCGCCCCGACCUCCUACAAGUCGCCGCCCGCCUACAGGUCGGCUCCCAUCUACAAGGGGGACAUUGAGCGCAAGCCGGGCGUCGGCUACAAGGCUCCGCCCAAAUACUCGUCCAACGCGGAGCCCUAA